AUAUUUCUUGCAUGUUUGCUGUAUAUUAAUAGAACCCCACCUCUUUAGCAAGUUUCCAAUAAAUUAGUACAUUAAUUUAAUACUCUCUCUUAUCCCAUCAAGCAAUUGAAACCACAAAACUAACCUUUCAGUGUAUUGGAACUCACUCAACAGAGUGAUGGAAGCAGAAGACAGUUCUUCUAAGAAGAAGAGUGAAGAUGGUAAAAGGUUUAGUGAUGAACAAGUGAAGGUACUUGAGUCCAUGUUUAAACAAAAGACAAAGCUUGAACCGAGGAACAAGCUUGAGUUGGCCAGAGAUCUUGGCCUGCAACCUCGUCAAGUUGCUAUUUGGUUUCAGAACCGAAGGGCCAGAUGGAAAUCAAAGCAAAUAGAACACGAAUACAGACUACUCAAAUCAGAAUUUGACAAUUUAGCUAUGCAAUUUGAAUCAUUGAAGAAAGAGAAGGAAUCUUUGCUCAAGCAGUUACAGGAACUAAAUGAUCAGCUGGAAAACAACCAUGGUGGUUGCAGCAGGAGCCAAGACUCGAUAGACAGCGAAAUCUACAAUAGCUCAGAAAAUGUAGGAGUAGAACUAGAUUUGAAGGACAAUAUCCCAGGUUGCUUAAAUGCCAGUUUAGACCACAAGAGGAUUAAGGGAGUGGAUAGUGACAGAGAAGGAAAACCAAUCGAACAAUUCAGGUGGAAGGAAGAAGCAGAGUUUUGGAACAUGGAGGAAUUAGGAGACAGUUCCUUAGGAUCACCUCGACACUGGGAUGCUGUAGGCCAAGGUAGUUCCUUCGACCUGUCAUGUGGCAAUUCCAAGUGGUGGGAAUUUUGAGCUCAGCAAGUACACCAAAACUUUCAAAGGAGCCAGCAGUGAUAGAACUUCAAUCAACAAAUCAAUUUUUUUUUCCACAUUGAUAGAGCCAAGGUUGUGUGCAGAGAAUAGAAGGAAGAACUUUUUCCCAGUUGAUUUUCUUUUGGUAAUAUGGCUAUAGCUUGUAAUUUAUUUCACUAGAAAGAGAAACAGUAUGUAUAGAGCUUCUCUGUGUGAUCACAAUAAAAUAAAGUUCCGUGAAUGAA